AUUGUGUCUUUUAACAAUCUCACGCGAUAUUAAAUACGAGAAUUCGUCUGCAAAGAAUCAACUUCCGGCGUGAGAAAGCAAAUGUGUUUUUACUUUUAAUCUAAUUUCUGAGACUAAAAAACAUAGUUUAAUCAUGUUAAGAGGCCAGAACGUUGUUGACAAUUACUAUAUGCAAAAGGGACCAAAGGAGACUCAGUUUAAUCCAUAUGCACAUAAUGGAGGAACUGUUCUGGCUAUAGCAGGAGAAGAUUUUGCUGUGAUUGCUUCAGACACCAGGCUCAGUGAUGGUUUCUCCAUUUAUUCUAGAGAUGUUCCCAAGGUUUACCAGUUAACAGACAAAACUGUAUUGGGAGCAUGUGGUUUCCAUGGUGACGUCCUGACACUAACAAAGAUCUUGCAAGCUAGACUGAAGAUUUAUGGUCAUGAGCACAACCGGAAAAUGACAAUAUCUGCUAUUGCUGCAAUGCUGUCAACUAUGUUGUACUAUAGGAGAUUUUUUCCAUAUUAUGUGUACAAUAUCCUAGCAGGAGUUGACCAGGAUGGUAAAGGUUGUGUCUACAGUUUUGACCCUGUUGGGUCCUACGAGAGAGAAGCUUACAGGGCGGGUGGCACAGCCAGUGCAAUGCUGCAGCCUCUGCUUGAUAACCAGAUUGGCUUCAAGAACAUGCAAGGUGUGAAGAAAGUUCCACAUGGUCAGGAGAAAACCGUCAGUCUAGUAAAAGACGUGUUCAUUUCUGCUGCCGAGAGAGACAUAUAUACAGGAGAUUCAAUCAUAAUCAGUGUUGUCAAUAAAGAUGGAGUUAAAACAGAGACAUUUCAACUACGUAAAGACUGAUAUUAUUGGGUGCAGUUUACACUGUGCAUAUGGACUUGGAGUAACACGUUUCACCCAUAUUGUUAGUUACAAAGACAUGCAUCACCUGUUUUGACUGAUUAAAAAAUAGAUCACGUUACUGUAUUGUUUUGAAUUAUAUGCCAGUCACUUUCAGCUAGUACCAUAUAAUAAAAACAAUUCCACAAGUAAAA